AGAAUAUUAGACCCCCCCCACUCUGAAGUGGAUAUCUUUUGGAUUGAUUUAUAAUACGUCUCACGAGGCAAAUAUACCAUUCAUGUCAAUACUCCAAAAUGCAGCCGCCUCCGAGGAAGGUCAAAGUGACACAGGAGUUGAAGAACACUCACACAGAGCAGAUGACAAGGCUGCACUUGAAACACCAGACAGAAUGUGACCUGCUGGAAGACAUGAGGACCUACAGCCUGAAGAAGGGUCAGCUGGAAAGGGACUAUGCACAGGCUCUGCAGAAGUUAGCAAGUCAGUAUCUGAAGAGAGACUGGCCUGGAAUCAACCCUGAUGACCAGAGAACUGACUACAGGAAUGUGUAUGCAGUGUGGCGGUCCUACUUAGAGGGAACUGUGCAGGUUAGCCAAUCAAGACUCAAUGUUUGCGACAACUACAAAUGUCAAAUAUCAGAUCCUGCCAAGACCGUCAGACUCUAUAAGGAGCAGCAGCUCAAAAAGACCAUAGAGCAGCUGAGCGGGAUCCAGGCAGAGUUGCAGGAGUCAGUGAAGGAGUUGGCAAAGGCUAAGAAGAAAUACUACGACUGUGAGCAGGUGGCCCAUGCUGUGCGAGAGAAGGCCGAUAUAGAGGCCAAGUCUAAGCUGGGUCUGUUUCAGUCAAGAAUUAGUUUACAGAAAGCAAGUGUGAAGUUGAAAGCUAAGAGGAGUGACUGUAACUCCAAAGCCACCCAGGCUAGGAAUGACUACCUGCUCACGCUAGCUGCCGCUAACUCUCACCACGACCGCUACUACCAUACAGAUUUAUUGCACUGCAUACAGGCAUUGGAUGGAGGGAUCUAUGAGCAUGUGAAGGACUACCUGGUGGCGUUGUGUCGCACUGAGCUGGAGGUCUUCCAAGCCACACACAGCACUUUCCAGUUCCUGCUGGACAAAUCCACAAGGGUGAUUCAGGAGUUCAACCAGCAGUUGUUUAUGCAGGAAAACCCGGUGUUUCACAAAGCGCAUGACUUUCAGUUCCAGCCCAGUGACUGUGACACGAGUCGUCAGUUGGAGUCAGAGACAGGGACGACAGAGGAACACAGCCUUAACAAGGAGGCCAGAAAAUGGGCAACCCGAGUGGCCAGAGAACACAAGAACAUCAUACAUUACAAAAGAUCCCUGGAGGAGUGUGAGAGCCAUGGCUUGCCCCCCACAGAGCAGAGCCGAGCCGACUUGGAGCUGAAGAUAGAGGACACCAAAGAAAACAUCCGCAAAGCUGAGACAAUAAAGCUAAAAGCUGAGGCCCGGCUAGACCUCCUUCGACAAGUUGGGGUGGCUGUGGAUACCUGGCUGAAGAGUGCCAUGAACCAGGUAAUGGAGGAGCUGGAGAACGAACGCUGGGCCAACUACACAUCCCAUGAGCCCUCACUCUCAGGCACAGCAGACUUGGAUCGUGAGGAAUUUGAGGAGUGUGAAGAAAAUAUGGAGGUGUUUGAUGACAGCAGCUCCAGUCCUUCUGGAACCCUCCGCAACUAUCCACUCACCUGCAAGGUCCUUUACUCCUACAAGGCCUCUCAGCCAGAUGAGUUGACCAUAGAUGAACAGGAGGUGUUGGAGGUCAUUGAGGAUGGAGACAUGGAGGACUGGGUUAAGGCUCGUAACAAGACAGGACAGGUGGGAUAUGUCCCAGAGAAAUACCUGCAGUUCCCCACAUCCAACAGCCUACUGAGCAUGCUCCAGUCGCUCGCCGCACUAGACGCUCGGUCGCACACGUCGUCCAACUCCACCGAGCCGGAGCUGCACUCGGGCUGCAUCAACGGAGAUGCCAACACGGUGUAUGUGCGGGCGUUGUACGACUAUGAGGGCCAGGCGGAUGAGGAGCUGUCAUUCGUGGAGGGGGCGGUCAUCCGACUUCUAAGUCGCGACACCCAGACGGACGACGGCUUCUGGGAGGGGGAGCUUAAUGGACGGGUGGGAGUGUUCCCUUCUGUGCUGGUAGAGGAUCUCACCGAGAAUGGGGAGAACAGUGGCGGAGUCGGGUCUACCGAUACACAGAUCUCUCCAUCUCAGAAGAUGCCAUCCUCUCUGCCGCCCCUUCCCUUAUAUGACCAGCCUCCUAUCAGCCCCUUCACCAGCCCUGAGACUUCCACCCCACCACCCCUACCCCGCUCACCCUCUACUGCACUCAAUGGGGAGCACAAGCCUCCAUUGCCCGCCUCCUCACACAAGGGACCGUCCGCCACUCACAAUCAUAGCUCUGGCAGGAGUCCAGUGUCACCAGGCUUUCCCCAGCCACUCCGCUUCACUCCUGAUGGAGGCCCUGGCAAGCUACGGCCUGUACGUGCUGCCCCACCUCCCCCUAAGCAGCACCCCCGCAGACUCCAAGAGAAGAGUGAUAAGACCGAGGAGGUGGAGAUUACACUGGUCUGACAGACGAGCAGGUGGGCAGACAGACGGAAUCACGGAGGACGGACGGACGGACAUACCCGCCGGGGAGCUGAACUGCAAACUAAAGUGGACUAAAUGAUCCGAGUACAGCUCAUUUCACCCCUCAUCCUAAGGCUGAGGGGUGGUGCAGGGAGAAAGCAGGGGAGGUAGACGGGACAGUGGCAGCAUAUCCAAAUUUCAAAGUCUCCACAUUAGCCUCCCCAAGAAAUGGAAGAAUUCAGCAGUAGCCACCCUCCUCCUCAUCCCCGGUUCUUCCCACCUUGCCUUAAAACAUCACCUCGUGACAGCUAUAUCAAGUAAAGGAAUCCAGCCAGAUGACGUCCGUGAGGAUGAUGAAGAGGAGGUAGAAAAAGAUAUUUUGGGGCGGGGACGGGUGUGAGAAGAGGGCAGCGCUGCACAAUAACCUGGGCUUUAGCCUUUUCUUCUUCUUUUUUUUAUCUUAACCUGUCAAGCUUGCAAAAGAUAUUUUAAGACAAACUACUAGCCCAUCAUACUGUCAGCUAACUGCUGCUUCCAAGAACCUUUACACAUGGCUGUCAAUAUCUAUCUGACUUGCUUCAAGAAACGUUCAGGAGACAUGACAGGAAAGACGCUCGAUAAGGCUGGAUUGGGGAAAGAAAAAAAAAACUUGCCCAACGAGUCAUUUUUCAGAGUGACGUUGAGGUUUUAUUAAGGGGAGGGAGAAAGCGGGUGGUGUACGGGAUGGCCCUUUUUUGCCAUAUAUAGUCCGAUCAUCAUAUACGUACUCAGUGUGUAUUAGUACAGUACAUUACUGUCGUCAUAGGAAUGUUCCAGAGUUAUGCGCAGCAUUUCAUAUAGCCUAACCCAGUUGAAUGGAAUACCUGUUUGAUAUGUAGUGGAAAAUGUAUCCUCGUCUUGAUCUUGAAAGGGCAUUGUAAAUAUCAUUAGGAGGUGUCGAGGGAAGACAGGAGGAAGGGGAAGAGAGAGUGGAAGAACGAGCGAGGGAAAGAAGAAAAAACGGAGGCUGGAUCCUCCCUGAACAUUCUGCUCUGUCUUUACCACUCUUGCCAUCUCUCCACACACUCACACUCACACUCUCUCUCUCUCUCUCUCUCUCUCUCUCUCUCUCUCUCUCUCUCUCUCUCUCUCUCUCUCUCUCUCUCUCUCUCUCUCUCUCUCUCUCUCUCUCUCUCUCUCUCUCUCUCUCUCUCUCUCUCUCUCUCUCUCUCUCUCUCUGCCUUUUUCUUCAACGAUCCACUCUUUUCAUCGGCAGUCUGUGUGUAACAAUCAGACAUACAUGGCAUUACAGGUAACAUUACACCUGCUGACACACACACAUCACUAUCUCUUCUCUGCGCUUGUCCCUGCGUGGCCUGGCGGGUGUGACUAUCACUAAUAUUUAGUUCUGAAAGAGAUCGGCACCGUAGGAGGGACCCUGACGCCGAGACACGGAGACAGUUCACAGGGUUUCGAAUCUCGCCGGCGAUUAAACCGAGCGACUUCAAGGGUGGCGACGUUUCGUCUGGACCGGUGCGGACACCGGAAUCGGACAGGGGUCGGAGUCUUCGGUGUUCGGAUGAAACGCAGAAUGAAGGGAUGGAUUUUGUCGUUUGACGUUUAUCUUAUCUAAUCAGGUCUACUUUCUUUUUGCUUAGUUCCGUUACAGAGCUUACCCUCACUUAGCUGGUCUCCCCCUGAUGUCCUGUCAGGCGAGACACAGCGUAUAGCCACGUGGUCAUGCAGCAUAUUCAGUCUGAUAUCGGUUCUACCUUUUCCAUCCUGUUUUAUGUUCGAACCCUCCGUUGUGACAAAAAAAAAUGAAACCUGUAUACAAGAUUAAAUUGUACUUCAACCGUCAUUACCACGUUUUCAAUUGUGCAAAAUGGGCCACUGUAGCAAAAGGCGUACAACACGAGGCCAAUCCAGAUGUUUCUUUUUAUGCUCGUUUGUUGUCGUUUGGUUAAUUUUUUUUGUUUUUUUUUUUUUUUUUUGUUACGUUGUUCAGAGUAAAUCUAAUUCCUCUCCAGACGUCACUCAAGCCUUUUGAAAAUCCCUGCCCAAAGGGCAAUGUAGCACUUUUAAUUAUUUUUACCCUGCUGGAAAGUAACAGUGUAUCCUCUUGAGACUAAACCCUCUAAUUAUGAUUGAUAGAAGCGACUCUUUCUGGGCAGCGCUUGGCAAUAUGAUUGAUCCAGAAACGAUCACAGCAGUUCAACUCAUCGUUAUACUUCGGAGGAUCCUCUUUGUUUCAGUGUGACUGAUGACGUAAUGUUUUGUUGUCUCUCUUCUGAUGAGAAGGAGAGAGGAAGGUGGACGGUGUAACUUGUUAUUUUCCUUUUACAUAAAAAGACAAAAAAAAAAGGUCUGAUGUUUUGAAUGAAGACGUGACGAGUGUGUAUUUUGAUCUUAGCGAAGGGCACGGCUGUCUCUGUGUGUGUGUGUGUGUCUGGGAAUGCCUGGUAGAGGAGCGAGAGGAGGCUAUUGGGUCCGAGGCCGGGUUCGACUCGUCUCUCUAACUGGUGUCGUGUGGCCGGCGUGGGGAGGAGCUGCCCUCCACAGUCAUUAGUAUAUCUAAGGUCAGAUGUCAGUGUUUCUUCCCUGCCUCUUGCUGAGGGGGAACCGAGUUAUGAACAAGUGUCGUACUGAGACAAGCGGUGCCAGUGGGUGCAGAGGACCCGGGGCGGUUUGCAGCCUCACUUCUGAGUGAAUCCGAUGCAGUGCGCGUGGCACGUUUUGCACCGUGGCCACGCCAAAUGCAACAAAGCGUGCUGGGUUGACUUCACAAGUUGCAGGGGUUGCGCGACGGCGCUUAGUUAUCGGGGGCUAGCGUGACUUUUUGCAGUGUGGACGGUGGAUAUGUGGACAGCGGGCUCUCCUUGAUCUCUCUGAGAUCUUAUUUAUAAUGUUUUUCAAACUUGUUUUGAAGUUUAUGGUUUACAGCAGUGUCCUACAGUACUUCCCCUCCCCCCCACCACUGAGCUGUUCACAGCCCAAUCCCAAGCAGUCAAAUACCCUUUUAUACCCUCCCGUCAUCAGCCCAUUCUCCGCCUGCCAAGAUACGACUCCGUAAUGUCCCCCUUCUUUUCAACAGCCCCUUCAGUUCGGUGAUUUUUUUAGCCCUGUUUUUGUAUGCAUACAUAUAUAUGUAUAUAUGUAUAUGUGUGUGUGUAUAUGUAUAUAUAUGUAUAUAUAUAUAUAUAUAUACAUAUAUACAUAUAUAUGUAUGCACUAUUUCAUCCUUAAGUUUGGAGAAGUUGCACAGCUGCUAUUAUGAAUAAUGCGGUGGGAAACUGGCCUUCUCUCUCUCUUCACAGACUGUUGCCAUGGUGACAAUAAUGAAAACAGGUGCAAAAGUCUUUCUGCAUAUUAUUGUUGGCUGUGAAAAACUAAGUUUGUAUUUAUUGUGUACAAAUGUUAAUUAAUAAAAUAAUUGAUGA